UAGGUUGGUAAUAUUAGAAGGGAUCACACUUCAGCAGCAGCUUUAAACCGACUUUCUCUGUCUCCUCUGCAGUCGUCACAUUAUUUCUUGAGUUUGGGAAACUUCUUUGUGCAUCGCAGGAGUGACAAGGAUGUGUUGGGUAAAGCUUCAGUAAGGAUGACAGCAGGAGAAGUGAGCCAACCCUAAACUUUAAACCUCCCUGGCCGCAGAAAUUCCUGAUUUAACCGAUGACUACUGAGUAACCUUGAGCUUUAGAAGGAAAGGUCCUGGACUUAGAAGGAACGACAUCAACGCCCGCUGACACAAUCAUAAGAUCCUCAUGUUUUACUAUCGUUGAAAUUGUGGGUGACUCCAGCCCUAUGUGUCCUUGAUGGAUUAUUAACUCCAGUAAAGAAUGUUUAUAGUGGGACCAACACGUCAGAGAGCACUGGAACAGAAGCAGUGGUGUGUUGUUAUCAGCAGGAGAGACUUAACGCUGAUACUCUAAACUAGCAGAUGACGAAAAACAAAGGAAUGGAUUUUUCUUUUCUUUCCUAAAAGUUUGAAGAGAAACUUUUAAUAAGAAUGAAGCUGAUUGUUUUCUGGCAGUCGACAGAUUCUGAGAGGAGCUGAACAGCUUAUUUUUUUUUGCUGUCUACAGGCUGUAUUUUUCUUUUGGCUUAUGAACAACUGGACUUGAGAGCAAUUUCAGGGCAAUUUAGAGGGAAGAACAUUAAACAUUAGCAAGGUUGCAUAAUAGAGGAAUCCUGUUGAAUCGACGCUGCACAAGGAAGCUUCUUCUACUGAACUAACCAUGGUGGGUACAGGUGGUCCUGUGGCCACCUUCUCAGUGUGGGACUAUGUGGUGUUUGCUGCCACUGUCUUGGGGGCGGCCGGCAUCGGUCUCUUCCAGGCCAUCCGAGGCCGCAAGGACACCAGCACCGCCGAGUUCUUGUUGGGUGGACGGCAAAUGACAGCUGUGCCGGUCGCCAUGUCCCUCACCGCCAGCUUCAUGUCGGGGAUCACGGUCAUCGGCACACCGGCUGAGGCUUACCGGUUUGGAUCUGCCUUCUGGCUCUUCGGCUUCUCCUAUGCCAUCAUGUCUGUCAUCACCGCUGAGAUCUUUGUGCCGCUUUUCUACCGACUGGGGAUAACCAGCACCUACGAGUACCUGGGGCUGCGCUUCAGUCGGCCCAUCCGGAUAAUUGGGACGUCAAUGUACAUCUCACAGACGGCGCUGUACACCGGUUUAGUCAUCUACGCUCCAGCUCUUGCACUAAAUCAAAUCACUGGACUGAAUCUGUGGGGAGUGCUGGUGGCGACAGGAGCGGUCUGCAUCCUCUACUGCACUUUGGGUGGCCUGAAAGCAGUGAUCUGGACAGAUGUUGUCCAGAUGGUGAUCAUGCUGUCGGGGUUUGUGGCUGUUAUAGCCCGAGGAGCCGUACUGCAGGGAGGCCUGACCAAGAUCUGGGAAGAUGCCGGCCAAGGAGGCCGACUGGAGGCGUUUGACUUUGACCCAGAUCCUCUGAAGCGACACACCUUCUGGACCAUUGUGGUCGGAGGCAGCGUGAUGUGGGUGUCCAUCUACGCCAUCAACCAGUCCCAGGUGCAGCGCUACAUCUCCUGCAAAACCUUGGGCCAUGCCAAGAUGUCUUUGUACCUGAACAUGGUCGGCUUGUGGGUAACUGUGAGUCUGGCUGUGUUCUCUGGCCUCACCAUGUAUUCCAUUUACAAGAACUGUGACCCUCUCCUAAACGGUGAUAUAACCACCCCUGACCAGCUGCUGCCCUACCUUGUGAUGGAUAUUUUGGAGACCUACCCUGGAAUCCCUGGUUUGUUUGUGGCUGCUGCAUACAGCGGGACUCUGAGCACCGUGUCUUCCAGUAUUAACGCCCUGGUUGCCGUCACUGUGGAAGACUUUAUCCUGCCUGUGUGCAAAAACCUCACAGAGAAACAAGUCACCUGGAUGAACAUGGGUCUCAGUGUGUUCUUUGGAAUCCUGUGUAUCGGAAUGGCUGGAGUUGCCUCUAUGAUGGGAAGUGUUCUGCAGGCAGCUCUGUCCAUAUUUGGCAUGAUCAGCGGGCCUCUCCUCGGUCUGUACCUGCUGGGCAUGCUUUUCCGAACAACAAAUUCAGUGGGAGGCCUACUGGGAAUGAUCAUUGGUCUGGUGUUGACUCUGUGGGUGGGGAUCGGAGGCCAGAUUUACCCACCGUCAGAUGAGAAGACGAAUCCUCUCCAUGUCACCACUGUGGGCUGCAACAGCACAGGGAGCUUCAACUCUUCAACCGUAGCUCCCUGGACCAGUCCGUCAGCGACCGGACAGCCUGAUUUCAGACCAGUUCUGGCCGACUCCUGGUACUCCCUCUCCUACCUCUACCUGUGUCCGGUGGGCACACUGACCACGAUGGUGUGUGGUCUGCUGGUGAGCGUGGUCACAGGUGGAUGUAAACAAGAGAAGCUGAACUCUGAUCUGUUUGUGAGGAGCAAGGACCUCAUCUGCUUCAGGCUCUUCAAUAAAUCAAAGGUGUCAGAUGUCACAGAGAAGGAUUCAAUGGAGGACUUCGAUGUGAAGAGCAAAGUUGAAAAAUCCACCAAGCUGUAACGAAGCUCCGUCAAUGUACUGUUCAUCAUGGAGACAUUCUCAUUUUUAUUUUUCUACAUUUAUUGUGCUGAUAAAGAAAGAAAGAAAAUUAACUCCACUACUCGUUUGUUCAUAUUGAUGUUUUCAACAUUUUGCUGAAUAUAGAUAAUUAAUUAGAUUUGUACUAAAGAAUUUGUCGAAAAACUAGAAUUGAACUUGUACAGAAUGCAAUUAAAAUGAAAAAACUUGCACAUUUAUGCUGCUAACUACCUGAGGUGCUUAAAAACCAAGACAUAGCAGAGACAUGUUCUGCACUGUUCUUCAAAAACACCAUCCAUAAAAACAAAGAGUUUUAUUAUGUUGUAAUUGUUAUCAGGACAAUGGAGAAAAGGGCACUUAAAGUAGCACAGACACGUCACACUGUGAUGUGGUUUCAUUGCCUUUUCUUCCAUUGUUCUACCUGAAAGCUGCAUUGCUUCACCUCAAGCUAACUCUGACACACUGGAAAAUGAUUGUUGCCCGUUUGUUCAUUUCCUGGUUAUUUUUAUCAGGAUUCGUCUCAGCACAA